AUGGAUGACUUGCCGGAGAGCCAGCGGAGAGAUUUCCCGAGCAUCUCGACCUCGUGGCUUUCGCUGGGGGUGGUGUUGGUGACCUUCAUCUUACUUCCGGAGCGUACCCUUGGCUUCAGCGAGGAGCUUUGGAAGCUCCAGCAGAAGUUACGGCGUGAGCUCGGCCAGGUCGCCCGUUCCGUCUCCGGGAAUCCCAUUGUCAGGGCGAUCCUGGAUGCGGCUUAUUGGCUUCUGAGGAAGCUGUCGGGAGGCCGCUUCUCAUCGCCCUGCUUGCCGCCCCACUCCCUCCGGGCACGCCUGGGCGGCCCAACAGAGGUGCUGGUGCUGUGGACGGCGCAUCAGCAGCCCAACCCGCUUCACGAGGAGACCUACAUCCUUUCCUGGAAAGUGGGUGGCGGGAAAGGAUCCGCGUGGCAGGAAGAAGCCAUCACCGAGAAUCUGUGCACGGAGAUCGGGGGCGCGCGUGACAGGUGGGGUGCCAUCCUGGAUCUGCCAGAGGAGGCCGUCACAAGGAUCCGGGUCUGCGCGGUGAACCACCUUGGUCGAGGCGAGUGGAGCCACGAGGAGGUCGAGGUCACCACGACCAGGGCCAAACCUGGGUCGAAAAUUCGAGUCGUCUUGGCCAAAGGUGUCCGGACGUGUACCCAGUGCGCGAAUCCAAUCGGCAAAGAGCCAGGUGCGGUUGCCUACGCCCAGCUGGUCUGCCGGUCCGUCUUCCAUCCAGACUGCAAACAUGGCCCUUUCUGCCCAAAGUGCCGAGAGCGGGUGGCGCAAAAGGUGCUGCCCUGCUGCGUUUGCAGGGGCCUCAUCGAGUCCUGGCGUCAGGGUUCUGCUGAGGAUGCAGAGUCCGAGUCAUGA